CCCGCCAGUGUCUUGCCGCCCCCGCCGCGCUACCCGAGCGGCAACCUGUAUACUGGCUACCCGCCCGGCGCCAUCAUCGAGACCAACAACACUCUCUCCAAGCAUACCGGCUCCGAGUACCAGCUGCUUGUCGGUGAGGGUACCUAUGUUCAGCGCGACGAGCUUCUUCUAGCCACUCCUCCGCCUCACNCCUCCGACAACCCCGUGCCCAACACCAACCCACUCGCGACCACCAUUGCCCCUCCCACCCAGGGCACCAGACUCUCGCUAUGCAUAGUCGCCCCCAAGAAGCUCCCUGACAACUCCCUUGCCCGCACCAUAACCCAAACUAGUCAGCCUUCUGCUGUUUCGCCGAACAACCAAGACGACCCUCUGACCCCCACCACCGAUUCGGCCUCCUUCUUCAGAUCCACCGCCCCUGUCUUUGGAGACUCCAACCCCGCCCUAGCCCCUAUCCCUAACAAGGAUUCCAAGGAUCCCUCCAAGAGGCGCAAGCCCAAGAACAACAUCGUCAAGAGCAAUUCCUCUUUUGUGUCCAGAGUCAUUCCUCACGAAGCCCUCCAGAAGCGCCUUCAAGAACGUAACCCUCAGGGAACCUUUGCCUUUUCAAACAUCAAUAGAGCCCUUCAAUGGCUAGACCUUUCUUCCGACACAAAGACCGAGAAUCUCACCAAAAUCUUGUUCACAAAAGCCCACGCCCUGUGUCACCAUGUCAACCCUCUGACCAAAAGCACUACCCAUUUGGACGUCAUCCUGGGCUUCUCCUCCUCAGACAUCAUAUGGUACGAGCCUGUAUCUCAGAAGUAUGCUCGCAUCAAUAAAAAUGGUGCCAUCAAUUCCUCUGCUGUUUCUUCCAUCUGGUGGUUGCCCAACAGUGAGAAUUUGUUCUUGGCAGCUCACAUGGAUGGUACUUUGAUCGUCUACGACAAGGAGAAGGAAGAUGCUCCUUUUGUUGCCGAACAAGAAUCCUCCGACUCUGCUGACACUCAUUCUGGUCCGGCAUCCUUUGUCAUCAAAAAGUCUGUUCAAUCGCGUAACCAAAAGACCAACCCUGUAGCCGUAUGGAAGAUUAACAACCAGCAAAUCAAUUGUAUCUCUUUCUCACCUGAUGGCAGGCAUCUUGCCGUUGUGUCAGAAGACGGUUCCUUGCGCAUCAUCGACUACCUCAAGGAACAGCUCCUGGACGCCUUUACCUCCUACUAUGGCGGGUUGAUCACGGUAACAUGGUCGCCUGAUGGCCGAUAUAUCCUAACCGGUGGCCAAGAUGAUAUUGUUAGUAUCUGGUCCUUUGCAGAUGCUGCUUUGGUAGCACGUUGUCAGGGACACAGUAGUUGGGUUACUGAUGUCAAGUUCGACCCGUGGAGAUGCGACGAGCGCAACUAUCGCUUUGGCAGCGUCGGUGAAGAUUGCAAACUCCUGCUCUGGGACUUUUCUGUUGGUAUGCUCGGUCGACCGAGAGCCAUGUCGAUCAAACACAGAGGCAGUGUGACUUCUAAUGCCAUCACCCGGAAAGAGACCAACUCUACCAUCGGUCGUAUCAGAUCACAUUCGACCAUUUCCGAGGAUGGAGAAGGUGCGACAAAUGGUGCAGACGUCGUUCACGGCUUCAGAACGAAAGCAAGCACAGCCAUACUACCGCCCGUCAUGUCGAAAAAGAUAGACAACCAUCCGUUGAGCUGGCUCGAGUUCCAGGAAGACUGUAUCAUGACAGCGUGCAAAGACGGAACCGGAGAGAACGGACACAACUCCAACGAUGCCGACAAUAAUGCCAACUGA